CAACAGUUCUCAAAAAGGGCAUCGAAAUAAACAUUACGUGUUUAUGUGGUUAAUCGAGCACGAUAACGUUACUUAUCAGCAUUCCACGGAACGAAAGCACUGGCUGCAGUCGCAGAAAUGUCACACAACACCAAUGGAAAGUGCGAUGCGGAAGUGGAUAGGGUUCCCAUUUUCCGGCCGGAUGAGAAGAUUCAAGGGAGGCUGAACACUUUGGCUGCACACUUCAAGAAGAAGUACGAUGUUCGACCUUCAUUCUUCGUCAGAGUUCCAGGAAGAGUUAAUUUAAUUGGCGAGCACAUUGAUUACUGCGGAUACGCUGUUUGUCCCAUGGCCAUCGAACAGGACAUUCUCGUUGCCGUGGCUGUCUCGCCUGACAAUGAAAUACGUCUUACCAACCUGGACUCCAAGUAUAAAGAUUUCCAGUGCGACUUUAAAGAUGUCAGCGUUUGCGUCGAGGACGCCGGCGGUGGCCCGGACUGGUACAAAUAUUUCCUCUGCGGCGUGAAAGGCGCCCUCGAAGUGAUCCCGGAGAAGGGCGUGCCUUCGGGGAUCCUGGCUGCAGUUUGGGGAAACAUUCCUCCUAAUUCAGGGCUCUCGAGCUCGAGCGCUCUCGUCUCCGCCGCUGUUCUUCUUACCGUUCACGCCAGUCAGCACCAACUAUCGAAACGUGAACUGGCUACCAUCAGCGCCAAUGCUGAAAGGUACAUAGGCACGCAGGGCGGUGGAAUGGAUCAGGCUAUCGCGUUUCUUGGGAAGGCUGGUUCCGCGAUGCUGAUCGAAUUCAAUCCGGUGCGCGGCACGAUUGUUACUCUGCCCGAAACCGCGGUGUUCGUAAUAGCGCACAGCCAGGCUUGUCACAAUAAGGCUGCCACGACGGAUUUCAAUUUGAGGGUUGCUGAGUGUCGACUGGCUGCACAGAUAAUAGCAAAGAAAAAGAACAAGGACUGGGAACAUGUGCAGAGAUUAAUCGACAUCCAAGAGGCACUCGACAUCAGCGUGGACGAAAUGGUUUCUGUGGUAACCACCGACCUUCACGAGGAGCCAUAUACCUUAAACGAGAUCUGCAAGAACCUGGAUACAACGAUCCAGAAGCUCAAGGAGAUCUCGUUCCUGGGAUCUUUCAGCGACUCCCAAACGUUCAAGCUCAAACAACGGGCCCUGCACGUGUAUCAAGAGGCGGGCCGAGUGGUGGCAUUCCGGCGUGUGUGCGAGGAGAACGCGUUAAUGGAAGCGGAGAAGCUCCGUGAGCUAGGCGGCCUGAUGUCCGGGAGCCACGGGAGCCUGAACAAAUUGUACGAGUGCAGCCAUCCAAGCGUCGACGGGCUCGUCGAGAGGUCCAUGAGUUGCGGUGCGCUCGGCGCUAGGCUCACCGGGGCCGGGUGGGGCGGUUGCAUAGUGGCCAUCACAACGAAAGACAAGGUUUUCCAAUUUGUGGACGCAUUGAAGAAGGAGCUCGCUCGCGAUGAGAUAAAAGAUGGAUUCAAGCUCGACGAUCUGGUCUUCCCCACGGAACCGAACCAGGGAGCGGCUAUUUAUACGACCUAGUUUCCCUAGCCAUCUUUUACCGACCUCUUCUUGAAUUUUAGAAAACGUCCUAUGGACAGUCGAUAUAUUUACCAGACCGUAACUAGUAGUUGUCAUGUUAUUUCUCUAUACACCAAUGUUAUGUUGAAAAAAAAAAUGGUAGUCGAAUCAAUGGAAAUUAUAUCUUGCCAGAUGUACCUAUCUUUGCGGACGCAAAGUUUUGAGAAGAGGCUGAACUUCGAAAUAACAUUUACCGUAGCAUUUAAUAUAGCUCUUUGAAUGAUUAGCGAAACUGCUU